CUCAGGCUCCCGUCGGGCGGCAUGCGGCAGCCGGCAGUCACUCUGCAGUCGCUCGCCAGUCGGCGCUCUUGCGCAGAAUACCGCUCGAUUCGGGCCCAGACGAACGUCCGCACGCCGAGGCGCCCGCGCACGCAACAUCGGAAUAAGUGACAAAAAGUGGUGAACAUUAAAUUAAAUUGAUCGUGCAAAGUGGUACUUCCCAACUAAGGCCGGAUACCUCGCGACGACUCCCAGGGCGACAAAUGAAAUGGCGCGCUACCAGCUCCUCUGUCUAAUCAUCGUCGCUAUGACGGAUAUUAGAACGUGCUACGGCGAGAACUCUGAAACAUUGAAGGAACAAGAAAGUACUUUGCCUGAGCUGGCCAAGGAGGUGGAGGACAACAGCCGUUACAAGACACUAGAGGCUAACGCAACCGUUCUCAAACUUCUGGUGGAUGACAAAAAUGGAGUCAGUAGAUCGGAAGUGUUCGACAUGCUUCAUUCGAGGGAUGAUGAUGAACACCACGUGGACUUGCCAACUUUCCCAGAAGACGCAGAAGAUGCUCGGGUAGAAGUGCCUUUAACUCCUGACUCCCAAGCAGAGUUCUUACAAGCUGCUGGCGAUGCAGUUCGCAAAGAUUCCCAGAGAAUACGGUCCGGUAGCGUCAGAGGGGAGCCGAUAGGAGCUGCAGCUGGCAUUAUGGUUGUAGUCACUUGCAGCAUUGUGUGCCUCGCCUACACAGCCCUCAUCGUGUGGAGGAGGAUAUACCUAAAACGUAAUGGCCUUAAACACGAACUUCUACGGAACGAAGAAACUAUUGCAGAGACUAGGAUAGAAGUAAUUGUGAACCUUAUAAAUGGGAAGAGCCUCGAGCACGUUACUCAAUUCUCCAGAUCAUCAGCUUCGGUGGCACCAUUUUCUGAGAAGCUUCAAGACUGAAUAACACUAAAUUUCGUAGAAUAAACAUCAUUUAGAAACUAAGUAGGUCUUACAAUGUAGAAAAGAUUUUUGCAUUCAUGAAUUAUGCUAUCAUUAUUCAUCAAUCAUUCUGCAGGCAUGCUAGUAACUUGAUAAUGAUAAGGUUUCCUCCUUACGUAAGAAAAAUUGGUUAUUGUCACGAAAAGUACACUAACAUUGAGUUGCAUUAUCUUUAUUGAUUUUAUAAUCUUGUAAUCAGGCUCCGCUGAUUCUAGUCAAGGUAAACACUUCUCAAUCUAUCGAAAUUUCUGCAGCAAUUCCACAGAAUAGUUUGUUGCAACUUACUGUAAUUAUUUUUAAGUGAUUAAAAAGUAUGAAACGCAACAAUAUUGUUCUAAAGUACAAUGUUAAUAUUUUUUUAAUGUAUUUUUUUUUUAUCUUUUUUGUAUCAAAUCGUUUGAUUACGAGUAUGUAUGAUAUAACUUGCGCUAAUUGUGAAAUGAAUCAAAUCAAUAGUGUGCCAUAUUUAACAAUUUGUAGAACAAACCAUGUUGGUUGUAGUCAAUAACUAAACAUGUGACUUAUUGGCAUGUUUCAAUAUUUAUUUAUAAUUAAAGUCAGAACAUGUCUGUGAUGUUUUAAUUAAGGAAAUUUGGUAAUUAAAUAAAAUUCUAUAAUAACACCCAGUAUUUUUUUUCACAAUAAUUUCUAGACCAUGAACUGUAAUUUCCAGAAAAAUACCUUAAAAAAAUAAAACAAAAAAAAAAGUUUCUAAUAACAUUCCAAAAAAUAUUUAUUGAUUUCAUUUUUUUUUUUCUAAAACACUAGUUUACAAGUUUUGUGAAAGCUAAGAAUGGCUAAAAAACAGCAAAAAAACAUCAAAACAUUAAAAAAGUAACAAAAGUAAACUUAAAAUUAAUAAACCGAUUACAUGUUUAUUAUGAGCAAAUAGUUUGAUGAUUUAUAAGGUACUGUAAAUUAUUUCAAUUUAUACAUAUUUUAAUAUGGUAACAAUUUCUGCAAUAAAUAUAAUCACAUUCGGUUAUCACCUUGUUACUUGACAUUUAUUUUGUUCUUAUUGCUCACUUGUUUUCCUUAUGUUUAAUUACAACUGGGCCAGUGUUGUCACCAGUUGCCUUGUUAUGGGUACCGUGAGCACCAUCACAGUACGGCCACUUUUUGCUUCUCCAACAGCGGCACAGAGACACCUUCUCAGUAAUAUCUUCAAUAUCAAUAAAAUCAACAACUUUGUUUAGAUCCUUUCGCACACAUUCAUUGACUCGUCCAUUGCUACCAGCUCGGGCUUUCUUGAUGGUAUCAUAAGAGUAGUAUGAAAUGCCUCCCACCACAACUACAGGUGGAAUUAAAGCAAGCCAGUCCUUCACUCCAAGGCGAAACCAACCCCCAAAGGAAUCAGGGAUGGGUAAUCCAGAUAAAUAGUUGGGUAUCGUUACUUUGACUAAGUUCGAGAUGAUGUACAUUUUGAAGAAUUAAACUAAUUACUUUUUUUAAUUAAUCGUGACUGAGCAGCCUCUCUAGCUCGCUCACUACACUGCUGAUUACAGAAUACAGACUUUACAGAAUAGGUAUGUCAAAUUGACAUUAUCAUGUCAAACUUCGGUGUUUCCUGC